CUCUAGAGGGUUCCAUGGCGAAAGCUCAACAACCAUGGAUAUGGCUCUUAUAACAGUUUUGGCCCUAAAAAUUUGUCUUUCCUCACUGGAAUCAGUCAUCAUCGUCGUCUUCGCUGCACCUCAAUUCAUUACAUGACUGGAAGUGACGAUGAUAAUAUAUCAUAAAGAAGGAAAGAUUAUAGUCUCAAUGUUGCAUUACGACGUCGUUUUGGGUAAAACGGACCGGGUCGGCCCGGGCCGGGCUCGCUCAUUUCAAAUAAUUGCCUUGGUCCCUUGCUAAACAAAAGUCAGAUGAAGUCGAUGGAUAGAAAAAGUGUCACGCGCACAUUCACUGACGACUGAGAUGCUCUCUUGUGCAAGGAUUAGGAAAAUUUAUCGCCAGAUUAUGAACUGAUACUUCCGAGAUCUGUGUUUUAUCUUCCGCCGGAAGGUGACCAUUUACUCUUGCUGGAGGGGAGGCGUUUCUCGCAGCAGUUCGCAAUGUCGGUGUGGGUGUCGGUGAAGUCCCAUCGCAUCCGCUCGUUGGUUUUGUGAAGUUCUGUGGCAGCAGGGGAUGGCGAUUAAGAAGGGAUUAUUGGCAGGCGGCGGCGGCGGCGGCCAUGGGAGUAAAGGAGUUGGAUCUCGCUAUACUGUUGCUCUCCUUGUGUUGUUUUUCAUCUUCUCGUUCGUCGUUCUCUCAUUUUUAUUUGUCGGCAUCGGCCACUUCGCCCCUGCUUCUUCAGGUCGAAAUGAAUUAUCACUUGUUUCUAGUAAGCAGGAUUUAAAUUGGAGGGAGAGGCUGGCAUUGCAACAUCUCAAACCAUUGUUCUCUAAAGAGGUAAUUGAUGUUAUUAAUGCUAGUAACAACAACCUGGGGCUGUUGAGUGUCGAUUUUUUCCGAAAAAAUAAUCUGUCCUCAUCAUGGAAGCCAGUGGGCUUCCACACUGCUGAGCCUGUCGGCAUAGCAUUCAAGACGGAGCGUAAAGCUCCUGGCGUCCAAGAUGAAAAUACUUCAAAUGAUCAUUCAGUUUUUCUGGAGGCACCGGCUGCGCUUGCCAGAAGGCAAUUGAGGACAAAAAGGCGCGAAAAACGCGCUGCAGAUUUGCUGAAGAAAGAUGAUGAAGUUACGGUAAAGCUUGAAACCGCAGCAAUUGAACGUUCAAAAUCAGUUGAUUCAGCCGUUCUUGGAAAGUACAGUAUCUGGCGAAAAGAAAUUGAUAGUGAUAACGCCGAUUCAACUGUACGCUUGAUACGCGAUCAAAUGAUAAUGGCAAGGGUCUACGUGAGCUUAGCAAGGAUGAAAAACAAGCUCGAUUUGGUCAAUGAAUUACAGAUUCGCCUUAAAGAAAGCCAGCGUUCUUUAGGAGAGGCCACCACUGAUUCGGAUUUACAGCCCAGUGUAUCAGAGAAAAUUAAAUUGAUGGGCCAAGUGCUGUCGAAAGCCAAAGAGCAAUUAUACAGCUGCAAUCUGGUCACCGAGAAGCUUCGAGCUAUGCUACAAUCGGCAGACGAUCAAGUGAGGAGUCUGAAAAAGCAGAGCACAUUCCUUAGCCAAUUAGCUGCCAAGACGAUUCCCAACGGGCUUCACUGUUUAUCGAUGCGCUUGACCAUAGAGUACCACCGUCUUCCUCUUGAAAAACGGAAGUUUCCAGGGGGUGAGAAUCUUGAAAAUCCCGAUCUUUACCAUUACGCUCUCUUUUCCGACAACGUUCUUGCUGCUUCCGUAGUCGUCAACUCUGCCAUCGCAAACGCCAAGGACCCAAAGAAGCACGUAUUCCAUCUCGUCACCGAUAAGCUGAACUUUGGCGCGAUGAACAUGUGGUUUCUCUUGAACCCGCCCGGAAAGGCUACAAUUCAUGUCGAAAAUGUCGACGAAUUCAAGUGGCUCAACUCGUCGUACUGCCCGGUUCUACAUCAGCUCGAAUCCGCUGCCAUGAAAGAGUACUAUUUCAAGGCGGCGCAAACCGGAGCCGGCUCCGCUAACCUGAAAUACCGGAAUCCUAAAUAUCUCUCGAUGCUCAACCACCUCAGGUUUUAUCUCCCGCAGGUUUAUCCGAAGUUAGAUAAGAUUCUUUUCCUCGACGACGACAUUGUUGUUCAGAAAGACCUGACCGGGCUAUGGGCAGUCGAUCUUCACGGAAAAGUGAACGGCGCCGUCGAAACCUGCGGCGAGAGUUUCCACCGGUUCGAUAAAUACCUAAACUUCUCCAACCCUCACAUUGCGAGAAACUUCAAUCCUAACGACUGCGGAUGGGCGUACGGGAUGAACAUUUUCGAUCUGAAGGAAUGGAAGAAGAAAGACAUAACCGGGAUAUACCACAAGUGGCAAAAUAUGAACGAAGACAGGACACUCUGGAAGCUCGGCACGCUCCCUCCGGGGCUGAUAACGUUCUACGGGCUGACGCACCCGCUCAACAAGUCGUGGCACGUUCUGGGUCUUGGCUACAACCCGAGCGUCGAUAGGUCGGAAAUCGAGGGCGCAGCAGUUGUACAUUACAAUGGGAAUAUGAAACCGUGGCUGGAGCUGGCGAUGGCGAGGUAUAAGUCAUAUUGGACGAAGUAUAUAAAACACGAUCACCCGUAUAUGCGCAGCUGCAAGAUAAGCGAAUGAUGAUGAGUCCCCGACGAAUAGGGGUGUCGACGAGUCCGGCGGAGUGGGCGGCGAUCGUCGAUCGGGUAGGGUCGGAUCCGGAGUAUGAGCUGUGGGCGGAUGAGCUGCAGGGGAGUGUGUUCUUACUUGUGCAGAGAUGUGUUUGUUGUUGUCAAGUGAAGAAGACGACGUUGCAGGUUAUAUUCUUUAUAUGGCUUCAUUGGAAUGGGUAUGAUUGUUCUUUUAGUAUUAUAUAUAUAUAUAUACAUAUUAUUGUUACUAUGCAA